UUAAUUGAUCAACUGCCCUCAUCUAUCUGUUUCGGUGAUCAUGUGAUGUAAGGUGGCGCUGAAAUGUGGUUUUGAGACUCCUCCUUUAAAAGUGCCUGCACACUUUGUUUAAAAGGCUAACUGGUGCACAGCUGUGCUUUGAGGUAAGCAAGAGUUUAGAGGAACUAAAAAGAAAGAGCUUCUUCAAAAAGGAAGUUUGAAAUUGAGAUUAGACAGAGACAUUCAAAAAGAAACACAACAGAGAAGUUCUCUGAUGGACAGAAUUCACAAGGUCUGAUACAUACACAUACAAUGACAAAAAACAAUACUCAGUUUUUCCCCACUGCGUCGCCGAACACCACGUCGAAAAUUCCCCAGCCAACCUGCCAGACGGACAACACCAGCUUGCAGGUCCCGCUGGCUAUUUUCUAUUCACUCUUCUUCCUGUUUGGGUUGUCUGGGAACCUGCUGGCUCUCUGGGUGUUUCUCCGAGUACAUCCAAAGAAAAACUCUGUUCGCAUUUUCCUCAUUAACCUGGCUCUGGCUGACUUACUCCUUGUGAUCUGCCUGCCUUUCCGAGUGAUUUACCAUUCCAACAAUGACCGGUGGGUGCUGCCGUCAUUAUUGUGCACGAUGGUGGGCAUUAUCUUUUACAUGAACAUGUACAUUAGUAUAGUCUUACUGGGCUUCAUUAGUGUAGAUCGUUAUCUGAAGGUCCAGAGGUCGUCCUGUAGGCGGGUGUUCCUGCAAAGCCGGUGGAGUGUGCUUCUCUGCAAUGUCAUCUGGGCUGUGGCGUUUGUUUGUGGCAUUUGCUUCAUUGUCCUGGAUACAGAGCAUGGUGAAUCCCAACAGUGCUUCCAAUACAAACACCUGUAUGAAUCCAAAUGGAAAGCCUAUUUCAACUUUGCCAUCGUGGGUAUGUUUUGGCUGGUCUAUGGUGCGUUGGUAAUCUCCUACGGAAGGAUCGGAAUGAAACUCCUAUCAGCCUCCAAAGAGAAACCAGAUUUCCCAAAUGCUGCCAAGUACAACAAAACAGCAUGGAAGUCCUUCUUUGUGCUCUUUCUCUUCACAAUAUGUUUUGUACCCUACCACUCUGUAAGGAUUUUCUACAUCAUGUCACAGAUAGCAAACACCUCUUGCGAGUGGAUAAGUGUAUUGGAUAAGACCAAUGAAGAAGUUCUGCUACUGUCUGCCUUUAAUAGCUGUCUGGAUCCAGUCAUGUACUUUUUGUUCUGUAGUUCUAUUCGCAAAGUGAUUCUGAGGAUAAUCUGUAAUAGGUUCCGUCAGCAAAACAUCAGAGGACUGAACAGUUCUAGUAAUACUCCACAAGAGCUGACAAAUAUCAGUGCAGUCGUGCCUAUGACAAACGCUAAGGACGUCAAACUAUCAAAGACAACAGAGACUGAUAAAGUGGUGCUAUGACUGUUCUUAAAACAUAUUAGCCAUGUCCAAAGGCACAGCAAGGUUUCUUUUCAUUAUUAUGUAAGUAAAGAAUGUGACAGUAUUUACAUACAAUACUGUGCACAGCAGAGUUAAUGGAAAGAGGAAACGCAGUAUUGUGUUGUAAACAGCACAGAGUAUAUUAAUACAUUUUACAGAAUUAUCAAAUAAAAUUAAUUAACAUGCCCUUACUGCAUCAUGAACUAACAAAGAACAACAUUU